GUGUUUUGUUGUGAAUUUCUCCUUUGAGCGCAGUUACCCAUUGUGUCAGGAUGCUGUUCUGUCUUGUUAAGAGCAGGUCUCCUGGCAACAUAAGACACACUAAUACUUAAAAGCAAAAAGGUUUAGGGAAGGACCCUUGUUUUCUACGUACGGUCCAAUACUGAAAUACUCUUUUCAUGCUCUGUAAUGUCAAAUGCAAAGCAUUAAGCUUCCUGCUAUAUCAAAAAAUGGAGGAGAAGAAAAUUUACCAGGAUCAUCAUAUUCCGACCACGGCUGACAUAACUAGACUGACCCCGAAAGGUAGUCCACGCUUUGGAUCUUUGAGUCAUCAUUCUUUCUUUUCUCGCCACAACCCUCAUCCGCACAGAGUGACACACAUUCCAGGUCUUAAUGGAAAGCCAGUGUGUAUGGUGAAUGAUGACUGGUAUAUGGCAACGUCCUUAUUUCCUCAUCCACUUAUUAAGAGUCAAGUAUUUAGGACAACUACAGGGGCCCCAUUUGCCCUGCCUUUUGGACACUGUUCACAUGGAGGUAAAAGUGCAAAACACAGGGCAGCACUGUUAUCAGAGGCCUGGAAAGAGGAGCUUAAAGAGCUGGCGGCCAAAGUCAAUAUUUCUUCCCAAAUAAAAGAUGUCAUGGCAGAGCAACCAGGGGAGGCAGUUGUUCGCAGAAAGACACAGUAUUCUGCUCAGACAGGAAGAAUCAUUCCUCAAUCUUCCCUACUUUAUCAGCGGCGCCCUCAUCCUCACCCUCUGGGUUUCACCUCAUCCCUCUAUGACCAGGAACUAAUGGUGUUGGAGUUGCUGUGUCAGAUCCUGCAGACAGACUCCUUGUCUCUGGUACAGCAGUGGCUUCUCCUGGCAGGCCAGAGGGAAAAGGACAUGGUGAUGCAAUUGAUUCAACAGGCCAUGGAGGACAGUGAUCUCUCCAGCCAUCAGCAGAGGUUGUAUCAGGGUCCACUCCAGGCUCCACGAACAUCUAUGACAGCUCAAAUUCAGGGUCCACCUCAGGCUUUUCUUCCUCGAACAUCUGUGACUGCUCAAAUUCCAUCCCGGGGCCAGUUGCAAAGAAAGCAAAGACUCACUGGUUCCCUCAAGACCCAGCCUCCCUCCAUGGAGGAUAGACCAGAGAACAUCGGAGAAGCAGAGGUCCUGGAAAUCCACCGGGACAACCCCUGUCCUCCCUGUGAUGAAGAGGAUGGGGAAGAUUAGGCCUCUUUCUGAUAGUAAUUCCUCCAUUUGGAUCAUGUUUUGUUCUACCUAUAGGCAAGAAGACUGCUCACAUACCUUCUUCAGUUAUGCUUCAUUUAUGUUAUUGUUCUGUAAUGCUUUUCUUUUUUGACCAACGCAAUUAGGAGGGUCACUUUCAAAGACAUUUACAUUUAUGCAUUUAGCAGACGCUUUUAUCCAAAGCGACUUCCAAGAGAGAGCUUCACAAAAGAGCAUAGGUCACUGAUCAUAACAACGAGGUAGUCCCAAACAUUGCAAGCAGCCAAACAUGAAGCAUACAUUGUGAAAAAACUAAACAAGUGCCAAAAGGGAAGACCCAUAAAAGCAUACAAGUUACAAAUUAAAACAACAUGAACCACAAAAAGUGCAGGACUGUACCUGUAGAAGAACAAUCAACAGUAAAAUAUUUCACAGCGAGUACAAGACUUACUUCGGUAUAACUAACCUACAAGAGCAACGAGUCACUCAAUAAGAGUCAUUGUAAUCCUGGAGGAAACUAACAUCAGGUCAAAGAGGAGGAAAUUAUUUAAAAUUCAUUUUCAUGGACUUGUUUCUUAAAAGGAUAUUAAGACAGUUGGUCUGCUUGAAAACAUGAUCUAGCUGAAUAAUAAAUGAUUUUUGGUUUUC